AUGCAUCAAUGCCUGCAGGAUCCAGAACCUGGCUCUUGGCUGCCUCAGGCGGCUCCAUCCCGAGGGUGUCACUGGGCGGGGUCGGUGUUGGCGUCCAGGGCUUCGCUCCCGGUCAGAGCACAACCAAAGAAGAAGAAGAAAGUGGAUGUAAAGAGAGAGCAAGCACAGAAGGAUCGUAUGAAAAAGAAAAUUAAAAAGUUGGAAAAAGCUGCUCCAGAACUGAUUCCAAUAGAGGAUUUUGUAGCACCACUGAAGUAUUCAGACAGCAACAGGGUGCGAAGUCUUCCCCCCCUGUCAUUUGAGGAGACUGAAAGACGAGUUUUACUUCUGAAAAAGUGGUGUUUGUUUAAGCAGAAACAAGAUGAGGCAGAGAAGAAAGCAAUUCAGGCCCUUGUGGAAGCACAGCAAGAGGCACUGAGGGAACUGCGCCUGGAAUCCGAGGAGCUGUAUCAGGCAGCGAUCAGACGAGAUGAGGGGCUCUUCCCCUUUGAGAGGGAUGGACCUGAUUAUACCCCACCACUCCCUGGUUAUGAUCCUCCUGAAGGAAAAUGUGUGGAUAUCACCAAAGUGUACACCCAGUGA